AUGAAGAAGAUGGUUAUUAAAGGUAUAACGAAAAACGCUCUGCGAUUACAUCCGGACGAGAAGCAUCUCCUCUAUCCGAUGGGCCACAAGGUAGUCAUAAGGAGCAUCGAAACCAGGGAGCAACGAUUCCUCAGCGGUCACACGAACAAUGUCUCGGCAUUAUGCGUUUCUCCGUGCGGAAAAUACGUCGCUUCCGGCCAAAAUAAUCAUCUUGGUUUCAAGGCUAUGGUAAUCGUAUGGAAUUACAAAGAGGGUACGAUGAUGGGCAGCUACGAGACGCACAAAGUCGGCGUCGAAGAUCUGUGCUUCACGUGCAACGGCGACUUCCUCGUGAGCCUCGGCGGCAGGGAUGACGGCAACGUGAUCGUCUGGGACGUCCAGAAGAAUUCUCUCAUAUGCGGAUCAUUAGCCAGCAACGAUACAAGCGGCGACGCGUACAAUAUCGCGAGGAUGCAUCUUCACGGUGGGUGUUUCGUCACCGCGGGCGAUAGGACCCUGAAGAUCUGGCGCAUCGAGGCGGAGAAGCGAAGGGUGCACGGAAUCGACGUGGAAGUGGGCAAACUGAAGCGUCUCAUCAACUGCAUCGCCGUGGACGAGAGGGAUGAGAUCGUUUACUGCGGCACUUCUUCCGGUGAUAUCAUUAACGCAAGAUUAAACUUACGCGAUGAUCUGGGAUGCGGUGAAUCGCCGGCGCGUUCGCCGGUGAUGAUCGGCUGCUAUUCGAAGAUAACGCGCGAUAAGAGAAAAAUGAAGACGGGUGAGGGUGAUCUGUACGCGGGCGGGGUGAGAAGCCUGCUGCUUCUGAAGGACGGGAAACUGCUGGUUGGUACUGGUGACGGUACCAUCGAAUUGAUUCAAAUAAUAAGCAGGAAGGAGAACCGAACGCACAAGCCGUCAAAGUUCCCUAAUACACCGCAGAUACUCACUCAUCAAGCGGAAAACGUAUGCAGCGCCGUGACAUCCAUGGUUCUGUAUUUAAACGAAUUUGUGCUGGUCGGGACAGCCUGGUGCGAAAUCUAUCAGAUUCAGCUGUCAAAUUUUCACAUACGUCUACUUGUCACUUCUCACACCAGUUGCAUAUACAGCGUCGCGUUUCCGCGCGUCCGUUCAGAUAUAUUUGCGACAGGUAGCAAAAACGAUGUCAGGCUGUGGCAGCUGGAAAAGCAAAAAGAAACACUUCGUAUCACCGUAGCGAAUUUCGUUUGUUCCAGUUUACAAUUUGCAUGCGAUGAUCAAGUGCUGUUUUCUGCUUGGAACGACGGUACAAUAAGAGCAUUCGCGUCGCACAACGGACAGUUGCAUUUCGCCAUUCACAACGCCCAUACAAAAGCCGUAUCCACGGUCGCGGUCACGAACGAUGGUGUGACACUUAUUAGCGGUGGUUGCGACGGCCAGGUGCGAAUAUGGGAGAUAAAAACCGACGUGCAGCGAUUGAUUAGUAUACUGAAGGAACAUCGGGGACCGAUAACAUCUUUGCACAUCUCGAAGAAUAAUGAGGAUCUAAUUAGUUCAAGUACAGACGGCACAUGUGUCGUCUGGGAUUUAACACGUCACGCUAGGAAACAUACUCUCAUGGAAAACACGAUGUUUAUGAUGGCGCAAUUCACACCAGACAGUAUCCAGAUUUUGACUUGCGGCACGGAUCGAAAGAUCUCUUACUGGGAAACUCUGGAUGGCUCGUUGGUUCGAGAAAUUGAGGGUUCCAACGUUGGAACGUUAAACUGCGUGGACAUCAGUCCCGACGGUCGGUAUUUCGUCACCGGAUCCAACGAUUGUAUUGUUAAGAUCUGGGAGUAUGAUAGUGCGGAUCUCCUUUAUGUCGGUAUUUCCCACGCGGCGAUAAUUACCGGGUGUAAAUUCAGCGCGGACGGCAAGUAUAUAGUGACAAUUAGCGCCGAUGGAGCGAUUAUAAUUUGGAAAUAUCCAUCCGAAAUGUUGGAGGAUUCAAAGUCUAUGGGUGAAACAAAAAGAACAGCUAGCUCUAUACAUAGCUCACGAAACGAGGAGAAAUUAUCUCUGCAAAAAGCAAAAGGCGAUAAAGAAGUCGCAGCGGAUCAAACUGUACGAUCUUCCAAAAAAUCUACUUCAUCAUGUACAAGUGGUGAUCGAAAGCAGCUAUCAGUUGUUUCCGAUCAUAGUAAAGGAUCUAAAAAGGAAGCUCACGAGAAAAAGAUACCCAUAUGUAAAUGUACAUCAUUAAGAUCAGCAAGCUCUAAAUCAAGUGCAGGCACAUCGAACAAAUGUCGAUGUAAAGACACAAAGACUGAUGAAUCAUCUAGUAAAGUAAAGACGAUGGAACAAUUAAAAGAAUCUUCAGAUGUGCACAGCAGAAAAUUCAUUAAAUCAAAUAAUGCAUGA